AUGCUGAAUUGGUCAUUUAUCAUUGGGGUCGAUUAUAAUUUAGCCAUCAUCCCCAUAGAAACAUUAUUUAAUUUAGGAAUUAUUGUUUUAUGUAGAAUAUCUCUUUUAUCCUGCCCUGAAAACAAAAUUUUUGCUCUUUUCUUAAGGUAUCAGAUACACACAGGACUUCAACAUUCUAUCAUAAGACCUACCCAACCCAACUGUUUACCUCUGGACAAUGCCACCCUACCUCAGAAACUGAAAGAGGUUGGAUAUUCAACGCAUAUGGUCGGAAAAUGGCACUUGGGUUUUUACAGAAAAGAAUGCAUGCCCACCAAAAGAGGAUUUGAUACCUUUUUUGGUUCCCUUUUGGGAAGUGGGGAUUACUAUACACACUACAAAUGUGACAGUCCUGGGAUGUGUGGCUACGACUUGUAUGAAAACGACAAUGCUGCCUGGGACUCUGACAAUGGCAUAUACUCCACACAGAUGUACACUCAGAGGGUGCAGCAAAUACUAGCUUCCCAUAACCCCACAAAGCCUUUAUUUUUAUAUCUUGCCUACCAAGCUGUUCAUUCACCACUGCAAGCUCCUGGCAGGUACUUUGAACACUACCGAUCCAUUAUCAACAUAAACAGGAGGAGAUAUGCCGCCAUGCUCUCCUGCCUAGAUGAAGCAAUCAACAACGUGACAUUGGCUCUAAAGACAUAUGGUUUCUAUAACAACAGCAUUAUCAUUUACUCUUCAGAUAAUGGUGGCCAGCCUACGGCAGGAGGGAGUAACUGGCCUCUCAGAGGUAGCAAAGGAACAUAUUGGGAAGGAGGGAUCCGGGCUGUUGGCUUUGUGCAUAGCCCACUUCUGAAAAACAAGGGAACAGUGUGUAAGGAGCUUGUGCACAUCACUGACUGGUAUCCCACUCUGAUUUCACUGGCCGAAGGACAGAUCGAUGAGGACAUUCAAAUAGAUGGCUAUGACAUCUGGGAGACCAUAAGCGAGGGUCUUCGCUCACCCCGAGUAGAUAUUUUGCAUAACAUUGACCCCAUAUACACCAAGGCAAAAAAUGGCUCCUGGGCAGCAGGCUAUGGGAUCUGGAACACCGCCAUCCAGUCGGCCAUCAGGGUGCAGCACUGGAAAUUGCUGACGGGAAAUCCUGGCUACAGCGACUGGGUCCCCCCUCAGUCUUUCAGCAAUCUGGGGCCGAACCGGUGGCACAACGAACGGAUUACCUUGUCAACUGGCAAAAGUAUAUGGCUUUUCAACAUCACAGCCGACCCAUAUGAGAGGGUGGACCUAUCUAACAGGUAUCCCGGAAUCGUGAAGAAGCUCCUUCGGAGGCUCUCACAGUUCAACAAAACGGCAGUGCCGGUCAGGUACCCCCCCAAAGACCCCAGAAGUAACCCUCGGCUCAAUGGAGGGGUCUGGGGACCAUGGUAUAAAGAGGAAACCAAGAAAAAUAAGCCAAGCAAAAAUCAGGCUAAGAAAAAGCAAAAGAAAAGCAAAAUAAAGAAGAAGAAACAGCAGAAAGCAGGCUCAGGUUCAGCUUGCCAUUCAGGUGUUCCUUGUGGAUAAGCACAAAUUACUUCCUGUUUGGUUAGACUUAAAUCAGUUCUUAUCUUUCAUCUGUUUCCUAGGUAAGCCAGCAAAAUUUGGCUCAAUAAUAUCUCUGCCAUAAGCAUCAGACUUGUUUCAUGCUGUGCCACUCCAGAGACUUCUGCCACCUGGAAGCCACACCAAACACUGCUCUGCUCAGUGCCAAAGGUGCUACUCUUGCAAGCCACAGUUAGAAUGGAGAUGUUUAUUUCUCUUGCUCCUUUAUAAAACGUGGUCUGUCUUCAGUUCUACUGCUGUGCUUCAGUCAAUUGACCAAACACUGCUUUAAAUUAUAGGAGAAUAAUAACCUACCGUCCACGAGCAUGCUAAUUUGAUGGAAGUUACAGGGUAGCAUGAUUAAAACUACCUUUAAUAAAUUACAGUUAAAGAUUGUGUCACCUCAAAGGCCUUGAAGAAUAUAUUUUCUCGGUGGAUUUUUGGUAUCUCUGUCAUAUGACACGUGGGUUUUUUAAUUAAUUCUAUUUUGUGUGUGUAUAUAUAUAUAUAUGUGUGUGUGUGUGUGUGUGUGUGUGUUUCUUUGCCUAUGAAAAAUAAGCUGUUUUUCUCACAUAUGAACAGCUUGCACCUCGUUUUAUCAUGUAUGAGGGAAUGGCAAAUAAGAAUGUUUGAGCACACUGCCCACAAUGAAUGUAACUAUUUUCUAAACACUUUAAGAGAAGAACAUGUGAGUAUAAAAUAUUUAAUUUAUUUUUACAGAAAAAUAAUAUUUUGUUUUUGUAAAAAGUUAUGCAAAUGACUUUUAAUUAUUUUUUCUUUUCUGCAUACCAUCAGAAGAAUUUUAUUUCAUUUCUUCAAAUUACCAAGCACUGUAAUACUAUACUGUAAUACUGUGUGACCAUACACUAUGAAAAACAUCAUUUAUAAAACAUAAUCAUCAUUGUUCAACCAUGAUUUUGAAUGUAGUAAGAUGAACAUAUUCCUUACAAAUUACUUGGAAAUUCAAUGUUUGUGCAUAGUUGAGACAACUUUAUUGUUUCUAUCAUAAACUAUUUAUGUAUCUUAAUUAUUAAAAUGAUUUAUUUUAUGACACUAGAAAAUUUAGUGUGGCUUUUUUGAUCUAACUUUUAGGUAAAAUUGAAUCAUUCAUCCUAACAAACAAAAAUCUUUACUAACAGGCAA